AUGGAAGAGAAAAGUAAGCCUUGCGAUGACCUUGAAGUGGAGAACCUUACCAGUUCCAGGGAGGAGAUGCUUGAAGGUGACUUGAAGACCUUUUGGAUGCAGUUGGGAGGUAGAAGAGUGGAUGUAAUAUUUGAGCAGGUGCAAAGUGUGCUGCUCUUGCUAAAGGAAAAGAUCAAGAAUGGAACUGCCACAAACCAAGAAUGCUGGCAGGCUUGGGCACUGGUGAAUGAAGCUAAUGUAGGUGAUCUCUUAACCUUGACAAAUGUAAGUGAUGUGUUUGACGAAGAUGGCAUACAGGAAACCAAACCCAAAUUGCAGCCUCUUCUUACAGAUGACAACACUGCAAAGUCUGCAAAAGGUUCUGAAAGCAGAAAGAAGGAGAUUGAAAAAACAGGUUCAGGGAUUAAAGAAGCAUCUAGUAAAAUUCAAGAUUUACCUUCAAACCUGCAGUAUCAGAACCACAAGUGCUCUAGUGCAUGUCUUGCCAAGAGAGCAGCAGGCUCCUACAAGGGUGAAAAUCCUCUUAAGAUACCGAUCCUGUUUCGCUUCCAAAGACGCCAUGCAAAAGCAGACUGCCUUUCCAAAUCACUGGAUGUGAAUUACAAAGCGCCUUGUGGUCGGAGUCUGAGAAGCUUUCAAGAUGUACAAAAUUUUUUGUUUGAAACUAAGUGCAAUUUCUUAUUUGUUGAUUACUUCUCUUUCAACACAUAUGUACUGUUGGGCAGGAACACUGUACAUCCUGAACCCCUCGUGUUUGAUUUUGAUAUUAGCAAUGGAGCCGAGAGUGUGCCCAUUUCCUUCUGCAAUGAUAUUGACCGUGCAAGAUUACCUUAUUUCAAAUAUCGGAGGGCAUCGUGGCCACGUGGGUAUUAUCUCAACAACUUCUCCAGCAUGUUUGUUGAUUCAUGUGACUGCACAGAUGGCUGCAUUGAUAGGUCAAAAUGUGCAUGCCUACAGCUAACUGCAAGAGGCUGUAGUAAAACUUCUCUAUCUCCAGGUGGUAAAACAUCCUGUGGAUACAGUUACAAAAGACUAGAGCGACCUGUUCCUAGUGGAAUUUAUGAGUGUAGUGUGUCGUGCAGGUGUGACAAGAUGAUGUGUCAGAACAGAGUUGUACAGCAUGGCAUUCAAGUCAGGUUGCAAGUGUUCAACACGGAGAAGAAAGGCUGGGGCGUCCGCUGCCUAGAUGAUAUUGACAAGGGGACUUUUGUUUGUACUUACUCAGGCAGAUUAAUGAGCAGAGCUGAAGUUCAAGUACUGGGAGAUGCUGGUCAAGAGCUGAAAGAAAAGAAUGCUCUGAAUAACAGAGGCCAUGGCUUUUUUUCCAAAAAAAGAAAACUUGACACUGAUUGUUCAGACUCUGUGUUUGAACUAAUGUAGACUGGCAAAACUAGCAUUCCUGAGAAUCAAGAAUCUUUGUCUCAGACUGUGGAUAGUGAAAAUAAAUCAACCCUGGUUCAUCCAAGGAAUUUAAGCAUUGACAUUGCAAGAAAGUCUGGAACUAGAACAGUUAUUUUUCAUAAUCACCAGCAAAAAAUGGAAAUUGAUACAAUGGUGCACAGUGCCAGCUCAGAGGAAGAUAAUAGUUCUCAGACUCAUCAGUCAAGCAAAACAAAACUAACCAGUGGAACAAAGAAAGGAAAAGAAAAAUCCACUCAACAGCAAAAGGAAGCACAUCCGAUGGAAACUGGACAGACUGAGUCUGCUGAUGUGGACAGUGCAGAAUGCAAAAGAAAGAGUGUGUCUCUGCAGGGUGCUGACUGUGGCAAGUCAGGUGUGCUGGAUGACACGUGUGUUGUGAGGCCAUCCAAAAACGUACCACUAAAGGCUGACUGCAAAAAGGAAAAUCACAGACUGUCAAAAGACCCCUUUUGUGAGGAAGCUGGUGGUGACAAGAUGCUUCUGAAGAAUGCUACUGAAGGAAAUAUUUAUGCACUAGAUGCCACAAAAGAAGGAAAUGUGGGUCGUUUUCUUAACCACAGCUGCUGCCCAAAUCUCUUUGCACAGUGUGUUUUUGUAGAGACUCACAACAGAAGCUUCCCAUGGGUGGCAUUCUUCACAAACAGGUGA